AUGGGCCAGGUGUUGACGACGUUCCCGGAGGCGACGAAGCUGGAGCUCUUCCACCAGUUCCUUCCCCUGGCGCUUGUUGUUCCGGCGACGGCGUGGAUGGUGCCGACCAUUUGGUUCGAGCUGCCGGGGUACUCGAACUGCAUGCUCAUCUACAUGGUCGUGCUGAUCCUGGCGCUCUUUGCGCACGAAACGCGGCCGUUCCGGAGGGAACAAGCGCACGGCGAGCACGCAAUGGCGCGGAGAAAGCCGGCGAGCGCCGGCGCCGGCGAGGCGGCGCGGGACAGCGGCGCUGCGUCGAAAGCGACGAAGCCGGCGACGCAGGCGAAGAAGAAGAACUGA